AUGGACACCGACAAGGCAGGGGCCAUCCCCAACGGCCAUUGUGGUGUCAAUGAGCCCAACCAUCAGAACACUUGCUUCAGUACACCUAGGAGCACUAUCCUUCAUGACCACAAGCGCUCGCAGUCGGCAUCAGCCACCGACCCCGACCCCUUGUCCCAGCUGUCCACGACGGAACCAACCACGCCCAAGUCCAAGUCCUUGCCACCCUUGCUUCCUCCAGCGGAGCUGUACUCGCACCUGCGGGAUACGACGACCGAGGUCGCGCCCCACCCGGCGACACUGAGUCCUUUACUGCGCUCGAGCUCGUUUAGAAGGCGAUUCUCGACGCCACCGCACCUCAGCCCUGUCCGCAGCCCGUGCCGUAGCCGCCCACCUUCGCCCCUCGCGACCAAGACACACAGCGGCAGCAGCAGUAGCGGGUACUUUGACUUUAUGCCCAUGAGUGGCACGGACACGCCGAUGCUCGAUCGCGACCGCGAGUGCCAGGCCCAGGGUAGACGCGGAUCGAUCGGCUCUGACGCCCUACUUCUCACCCCUGCCGAGGAGCGCCAGUUCAACCUCUCGGGCUGGAACACGAACAGCACCGCUUCCACGCCCCGCACUCUCUCUCAGCGCGGUAGCGAGGACCAGCUGCACAAGUCGGCCGCCGCGUCCCCUGAACCCGGCUCCAAGCUGUCUGGAGGAGAUUCACCCUCCACAGGCACGCUCGAGCGCCGCGCCCGCCGCCGUCAGGUUGUCCGCCUCGACAGCUUUGGCGGCGAAGGUCUCAUGAGGAAACCGUCUACCCGCCAUCUUGACGGUGGCUUCCCCGGCUCCGAGAUGUCCCAAAUGCCAGCAGGGACCAAAGCGCCUCCCCCGACCCCCAUGACUGAGUAG